GCGGCGGCGGCGGCGGCGGCGGCGGUGGAGGAGGGGAGGCGGCGCGGGGGCGCAGCUAUUGCUGCACGGCGACUGCCGCACGGCGCCCGGCGCUGCGGAGCAAGCCCACCCGCCCCGGGAGCUCGCCUCCCGGAGCUUCCCCUCCCUCCCCGCCCCCCCAGCGGCGCUGCCUCCUCCAAAUGAGCGAUUCGCCCGCUGGAUCUAACCCAAGGACACCCGAAAGCAGCGGCAGCGGCAGCGGCGGCGGCGGGAAGAGGCCGGCGGUGGUGUCCCUCCUGCCCCCGGCGGACCCCCUGCGCCAGGCGAACCGGCUCCCGAUCAGGGUCCUGAAGAUGCUGAGCGCUCACACGGGUCACCUCCUGCACCCGGAGUACCUGCAGCCGCUGUCCUCCACUCCCGUCAGCCCCAUUGAGCUGGACGCCAAGAAGAGCCCGUUGGCAUUGCUGGCCCAGACCUGCUCGCAGAUCGGCAAGCCCGACCCGCCGCCCUCGUCCAAGCUCAACUCCGUAGCUGCGGCCAGCGCGCUGGGAUCCGAGAAAGACCCGAGCCGCUCCGCCCAGGGCGCCGCCUCUGCGGCCGCCGCGCUCAAGCCGCUCGGGGACUCGCCCGAGGACAAGUCCAGCUUCAAGCCCUACUCCAAGGGCUCCGGCGGCGACUCGCGCAAAGACAGCGGCUCUUCCUCCGUGUCCUCCACCUCCUCCUCGUCCUCCUCGUCCCCCGGAGACAAGGCGGGCUUCAGGGUCCCCAGCGCCGCCUGCCCUCCCUUCCCCCCGCAUGGAGCGCCGGUCUCCACCUCGUCCAACGCGUCCUCGCCCGGCGGCUCCCGCGGAGCUUCCCCGCACCACUCGGACUGCAAGAACGGCGGGGGUGGCUGCGGGGAGCUGGACAAGAAAGACCCGGAGCCCAAGCCCAGCCCGGAGCCCGCGGCCGCGAGCCGGGGCAGCGGAGCGGACGCCGCGCACAGCGGCCCGGAGGCGGGGGCUUCGGGGCGCAAGUCGGAGCCGCCCUCGGCGCUGGUAGGGGCGGGCCACGUGGCCCCGGUGUCGCCCUACAAGCCCGGCCACUCGGUGUUCCCGCUGCCGCCCUCCAGCAUCGGCUACCACGGCUCCAUCGUGGGCGCCUACGCUGGCUACCCGGCUCAGUUCGUGCCUGGCCUGGAUCCCAGCAAGCCUGGCCUCGUGGGAAGCCAGCUGUCCGGGGGCCUGGGCCUGCCACCGGGCAAGCCGCCCAGCUCCAGCCCCCUCACCGGGGCCUCCCCGCCGUCCUUCCUGCAGGGAAUAUGCCGCGACCCCUACUGCCUGGGAGGCUACCACAGCGCCUCGCACCUCGGCGGCUCCAGCUGCUCCACGUGCAGUGCGCACGACCCCACGGGGCCCAGCCUCAAGGCGGGGGGCUACCCGCUGGUGUACCCCGGCCACCCGCUGCAGCCCGCCGCCCUCUCGUCCAGCGCCGCUCAGGCCGCGCUCCCGGGUCACCCACUCUACACCUACGGCUUCAUGCUGCAGAACGAACCGCUGCCGCACAGCUGCAACUGGGUGGCGGCGAGCGGGCCCUGCGACAAGCGCUUCGCCACCUCGGAGGAGCUGCUCAGCCACCUACGGACUCACACAGCCCUGCCGGGCGCGGAGAAACUGCUGGCCGCCUACCCCGGGGCCUCGGGCCUGGGCAGCGCCGCCGCCGCAGCCGCCGCCGCCGCUUCCUGCCACCUGCAUCUCCCCCCGCCCGCCGCCCCGGGCAGCCCCGGGUCGCUGUCGUUGCGGAGUCCACACACUUUGGGGCUAAGUCGAUACCACCCGUAUGGCAAGAGCCACUUAUCCACAGCUGGGGGCCUGGCAGUGCCGUCCCUCCCCACAGCCGGACCCUACUACUCACCCUACGCGCUGUACGGACAGAGACUCGCCUCCGCCUCGGCGCUCGGAUACCAGUAACUACAGCUCUGGCCCCUCCCAGCCCUUUCCCGCCCCUUCCUCCCCGGUCCCCACCGCCCUCGACGCUGCAACCUCCACUACUGCUUACCCCUACCAGGAUCCAGCCCAGACCCUCCCCACCGGACUGUGUAUUUAUUUACUGU